GACCAGUCUCGCCAGCGACCUCGUCAGCCUUGAGCCCCACCUGCGGUCAUCAAUGGAUUACGAGGCAUCUUACCAUUGGGCAGCUGCCUAAUUACUUGCUACCAUUUCCCUAGGUAGUUGCUGACUCCUGAGAUGUAACGAUGAUCUUCCUAGAAAAGACUAGUUCGUACGUGAGUAAGAUUUGGGACUGAAAUUUUGUCUUCCUUCACGAUUCUUGGUCUCCUCAAAAUUUCACAUUGCUCCAGAUUCAUUGCCCCAGUCUGGUGCUCCCAUCGCCAUGAAGCUUCUGAACUGCUCCAGCCUACAGAUUGAGGAGUUCUACGGACCGUUCAUACCGGAAUCUUAUGCCAUCCUUUCCCACCGAUGGGAGGCCGAUCAUGAGGAGGCUACUUACCAAGAUUUUGGUAAAACUGAUGUGAUAGCGCGAAAGAAAGGAUGGAGAAAGAUUCAGUAUUUCUGUCGCCUUGCGCUGCAGCGGGGUUAUAAAUAUGCCUGGGUGGAUACUUGUUGCAUCAACAAACAGGACUUCACAGAGCUGACGGAAGCUAUCAAUUCCAUGUUCAAAUGGUACGCGCGAUCUUCAGCCUGCUAUGCGUACCUGUCGGAUGUGGGCGUCGACGGGGUGUCACUUCAACAGUCUCAGUGGUUCACUCGCGGGUGGACUUUACAGGAGCUGAUCGCCCCCUCACGCGUUGAUUUCUUUGACAAGGACUGGAACUACAUUGGAAGUCGAGCCGAUCUCUGCGAUAUCAUUCAUGAACGCACGAAUAUCGACAAAAGCAUACUCGUGGCAGGAAGCGGGAGAGUCGAAGGCCUUUUGACGACAAUACCGGUUGCGAGAAGAAUGUCUUGGGCAUCUGGGCGCGCGACCAAGAGAGAAGAGGAUUUGGCGUACUGUCUCUUGGGUGUUUUUGGGGUUAAGAUGCCACUUCUUUACGGCGAGGGUAACAGAGCGUUCAUCCGACUUCAGGAAGAGAUUAUUAAGGAGACCAAUGACUUGUCAAUCUUUGCUUGGUCUGCUCCGACUGACUCUCCAUUGGGCUAUUCCGGGAUUUUGGCCAUGUCGCCAUCGGCUUUUGAAACCGCAACUGAUAUCGUACUAAGUAGCGAGAUCAAGUAUAACCCCGAGUACGCAAUCACGAACAAAGGCUUGAAAAUCACAGCUGAGACGAGUCUGAUGCCCGACGGCGCGCACUUCUUAAGCCUCCGCUGCCAUAGAUCCAAUGACCCAGGCCGUCGUCACCUCGGGAUUCUUCUCAGAGACCAGGGCGGCAAUGUCUUCCUCCGCUGGAAAACCGGUCGCCUCUGGAGUUUAGAGCACAGCGCGCCGGGCAUCGAGCACGUGAUGUUCAUCAGCAAAUUCCUCGAGCCAGACGUAGCGGAGACGCUCGCUGGGAACAUGAACUCCAUCUACCGCAACGCUUUCUGCUUCCCGCCCACGCCGCCAAAGGUGGAGUUCGUCAAAGCCCGGCCCGACGGCAUGUGGAGCUCGUCCCGGCGUAUGUUUAUCACGCAGGGGCUUGACACAUUUGACGGAUACGUUCAGUACCGGACCUCGGGUACGGCUGACCAGAACUUUAUCGUCGCAUGUGGCUUUACCGGCGGUGGUGCCAGUCCGUGGGUGUGUCUUGCGGCUGCUAGUGACGAGACGAGGGACAUCUUCAAUACUGCAAUGAGCGGUAACUUUGUGAAGUUGCGCCAGCUUGGUAGUGAGCGCGGUGUGAUGAAGACGAGAAUCGCGUUUGGUAUGGAUAGGCGGGUUGAGGAUAGGCCGGUGGUGUUGAGCCUUGGAAUGGAGACGAGGAUGUUGGAGGGACAGCCUGUGUUUUCCAUCUUUGUGGAUCAAAGAACCGAUUGGGGUGAUUUAUGCUCGGUAAUGUAAGGCAAGUAAAAUUGAACAUCAAUCUCACAAGCCAUGAACUAGAUGUCGGUGAUAAGCCCAGGGAUGAAGGAAUCCAGUCCUAUUAGGCCUUUACAAGAGAGUACAAUGCCUUCAUCUUUCCAUAUCAGUUUUCUCUUUGCCUGCAGUGCUAGGACUCAUAUUUGAGAAGACGUUUUUCGACUUGUUAUUCGGCUUUGGCCUUUCGCUUUCAAGCGAAAUAUCUGACUCGCGGCUUCUAGGCUUCAUUUUCAACAAUACAUCCGGUCUGGCAGUCUUUGCAAGGAUAAUAAGCCUGGAGAUAUGCUGCUUACAUGGAACUUACACGGAAGAGCAGGGCAACUAUCUUGGGCUAAAUCACACUUACAACAAUUCCGGCCACGUUGCACAGGAUUCUAGUACCUUGUGACAAAGACUAACUUGGUC